CAGGAAAUCAACGUUGACGUGGACUCAGAUUCCAGGAUGAGCUGCGGAGGAAGUGGAUCAGAUAUUGAUUGCGAUGGUGGCGGAAGUUGCUACGAUGACUCUGAGACUGCAAUAAGCGAGCCGAUUCAAUCAGAACAGACACGCUCCUCCAGCGAAACCCUGCCUUUCAGCAUAUCGCGUCUGCUGUCGAAGCCUUUUGAGAAUAACAAUAAGAGCGAUAAGGAACUGUUGGACAGCGAGAGCAAACUGUCGUCCGCGCUCUCAUCGGCGGGCCUGUCUUACUCCACGGCCGCCGGCAGUCUCUACUCGUAUCCGCUGUAUCCUCCUGGCCACGUGCUCCGCGUGCCCCCGCAGAGGGGCCCCUGCACGCCGCUCACGUGGGCCCUUCCGCCGCUCCACCCCGCUGCCCUCGCUCAUCAGGCUGUGAAAGAUCGAUUAGCAGCAGCAUUUCCCAUCACGCGACGAAUUGGUCAUCCUUAUCAGAAUCGAACGCCACCUAAGCGGAAAAAACCUCGAACUUCCUUCACACGAAUACAGGUGGCUGAGUUGGAAAAGCGCUUUCACAAACAAAAGUACCUGGCAUCUGCAGAGAGGGCGGCGUUGGCGCGAGGGUUGAAAAUGACGGACGCGCAGGUGAAAACAUGGUUCCAAAACAGGAGAACAAAGUGGAGACGCCAAACGGCGGAGGAGCGCGAGGCCGAGAGACAGGCUGCAAAUCGACUAAUGCUGUCGCUCCAGGCGGAAGCCUUGAGCAAGGGAUUCGCGCCCGCGGGCUCCGCUGCGUCUCACGCCACAACGCCGACGGCAACGGCGGCGCCUCCACUGGCGGCCCUGCACGGACUGCAGCCCUGGGCCGAGCCCCACACGGCCGGAUGCUGAAGCACUGCCUUCUGGCUCUGGCAGAACGCCCAAUAGUGAUGAAUUCCCAGAGAGACAUUAAUAAUUUGGAAUGUGGAUUUAGUGAUUAUUCCAGUGCAUCGUACAUGAUAGUAUUAGAGACUUUGUAUAGAAAGGCGAAAACAGAUCUCAUGCAAAUCCAAUUGUGAAUUGUACAUAUAGUUUUAGUCUGUAGAAAAGUGGCUUUCCCUCAUUUUCUCACUUUCCGUUCACAGAAAGGAGUUGCUAAAGUUGGAGAUGCAAAAUUCGUCGAAUAAGUGGAAUAAUUGGAGAAUAAUUCUAGCAAAAUUCCAGCGAAAAC